AUGACCUCCGUGCUCACCAACCCGCGCAGUCAUUUUUCGCAGCCCGGCAUGUCAAACGAGCCCUUCCGGUACCAGUAUGCCGACCCGGCCAGAGCGCUAGCCCCUUCUACUCCUGCUGUCUCCAGUCUCGGACACACACCCUUCUCCACUUCGCCCAGCUCCCAUCCCUCAUCGUCCUCAACGCUCGCGCUGGCCGCAACAACACCCGCCACCGCCAUGUCGUCGUUGCCAGCGUCGUCGUCCGACUCGGCCGCCGCAUCCCUGCCUCACACUUCCAGCAUGGGGCCCUCGUCGUCCACUUCGGAUCCCAACACGCUCUACUCGGCCAUCACAGCCACCUCGCAUCCAACCUCGCGCGCCUUUGACUCGGUCAUGGGCGCCUAUGGUACAUCAGCGCUCGGCGACGUCUCGGCAUCCUGUCCUCCAGAGGGUCCCUCCUUCGCCGCUACAGACUUUAGUGCCGACCUCGCCGCUGCCACCUUCGCUCCCAUCUUUGGUUCAGGCUCGACGGCAGAUCUCAACACCUUGGAUCUCUCCUCCGAGCCGCUCUCCUUCCCCGUGCUUCCAGCUUCCCUCCUCGACGAAGCGCCAGAAUACGAAUACUCGGUUCACACGCGCUUGAACGUCUUCGAGGCAUCCGACUACGGCGCCGACAUCCCUGGCUUUACUUUCGCAGAAGACGGCACGCCCAUCUUGGAUGGCGCCACCGAGUACGGCCUCUGGUCCACAGGCCUCGGCGUCGACGCGGGCGACGUCACGACAUCGUCAGCCUUUACAUACCCAGACGAUGACUUUGCGCAAGACGGCAGCAGCAAGCUCGACUCGCAACCCCGUACCGCCGACCUGCAUAUCCCGGCGUACAGAAACACCUUGGAUCUGGCGGCGCCGCGGCCCGACGGCUCGUUUGUAUUCACCAACGACGAGGCGCUCCUGGCGGGCUCGAACGCGACGGGUCUGUCAAACAUGCAUGUCUCGCCAUCAGCAGGUCUUGCAGAUGGCGCUCCGCCGCCCUCGGUGCUCCACCCCGGCCCAGCGGCAGAACACAUGCAGCCGCAAGUGUCGCUGCAGCCGCAACGACUCCCGCUCGACGCCGACAGCAUGUACGAGUCGCAAGCAGGGCCUUCGCGCCAUGGCUUGCAGAGGUCGCGCGAUGCGCUCUCGGCCACCACUUCGCCCUAUGGCCGCGGCAGGCCAGGUUUGCAGCCGCAGCGCAGCUUCAACAACAUGGCGGCAUCCGCCGGCUUUUCGCCGCCCGGCUUCAAUCCCGAGCUGCGCCGUCUGUCGACUGGCGGCAACGGCACGCCUGCGCGCUCGGGUCGCGACCCGGUGGUGCCCAGCCAGAACAUCGGACGCGCGCGCCUGAUGAGCUGGCAGAACGGCCAGUCGAUGCCCGGCGAGUCCGAUUGGCAGUCUGGAUUCCCCGAUGCUGGCAGCUCUGGCAUGGGUACAGACGGUGGCUUUGGCAAUCGCGGAGUGCAUGCCAUGACCGACGCCAAUGGCAUGCCGAUGCAGGCGGGCGGCAUGAUGCCGCCGUCGCGCUCGUACAGCUACGGCAUGCACCAGUCGUCGUCCGGCUUCCUGCCGCACCAGCACGGCAUGAAUGCGCACGCCAACGACAUGAUCAACGCGCUUGGCGACGCCAUGGAUGCGCGCAUCGACGUCGACGGCAUUGCCAAGUGCCCGUAUCCGAACUGCAACAAGACGUUCGCCAAGAACCGCUCGUACAACCUCAAGGCGCAUCUGCGCUCGCACUCGCAGCUCAAGCCGUUUGCGUGCGCCGUGUGCCCGCGCGCGUUUUCGCGCAAGCACGACCUCGAGCGCCACAGCCGCGUGCAUUCGGGCGACAAGCCGUACGUGUGCGAGAUCUGCGGCAAGGGCUUCCCGCGCAGCGAUGCGCUGCGCAGGCACUGGCGCGUCGAGAAGGAGUGCGGCGACAAGGCGGCAGCGUUGGAGGCGAGCGGCGGGCUCGGCUUGGAUGGGUAUGGGCACGAGCGCAGCCCCGAACCGCAGGGCCAUCCGUUUGCGCAGCACAUGCAGCAGCAGCAGCAGCAGCAGCAGCAGUCGCAGGGAAUGUAUGCGCAUCCGCUCGCACAUCAGAUGCAGGCACCGCCGCGGCCCGGCGGGUUUGCACAGAUGCCACAGCAGCAGCAGCAGCAGCAGCAGCCGCAGCCGCAGCUGCAGCAACAGCAGGGCUUUGGUGGACAGCAGAGGUGGUCUGACCAGCAGCAGCAACAGCAGCAGUUGAGGCGCGCCUAG